GCAAUCCCUCGUUCCUCCAAGAAGAAGACAAACACAAACCAAACCACAACAGCAGCGAUGAUGAGUGAGGAUGGCGGCAAGGAGGCCGAGGUGUUUGAGGUGGCAGAGAGUGGUGGCGGUGCUGGGAAUGGGAGCGAUGAUGGGCUUGGCUUGAAGCGUGGGUUCUCAUCAACAACAACAAAAGGGAGCGCUUACCACAAUGGCGGAACAGGUCUGGUGGACAACGGAGGCUUUGAUUCGGAUGAAGAUGACGAUGAUGUGGCGGCGGCGGAGCUGGUGUGCUGUGGCCGCUUUCCAAAGUCUGUGCCGUUUCUCAUUGGCCAAGAGUUCUGCGAGCGGUUCAGCUACUACGGCCUCCGUGCCAUCCUCGUGCUGUACUUUACAAACUUCUUUGGCUUCAGCGAUACGCGGGCCACGGUGCUGUAUCACGUGUUCAUCAUGCUGUCGUACCUGACGACGGUGUUUGGUGGCAUCUUGGCAGACUCGAGCCUGGGCAAGUUCCGCACGAUCCUGUACCUGAGCUGCGUGUACUUUGCCGGCAACACGGUGAUGGCGGUGACGGCGAUCCCGAGCGUGGCUGGCGACCCGCCCAACUGGGCCGGCGCCAUGAUUGGACUGCUGCUCAUCGCCAUCGGCACGGGCGGCAUUAAACCGUGCGUAUCCGCCUUUGGUGGUGACCAGUUUGGCAGUUCCCAGCAGCAUCUCUUGCAGACGUUCUUCGCUGCGUUCUACUUCUCCAUCAAUGCCGGCAGCACCCUCAGCAUGAUCAUCACGCCCAAACUUCGGGCUGACGUCCACUGCUACGGCAACGACGAGUGCUACCCAGUGGCGUUUGGACUGCCUGCUGUGCUGAUGGCAAUUGCAACGGCCGUGUUUGUGUUUGGGCGAUCGAUGUAUCGCAUCGACAUCCCCGAGCGCAACGUCAUCCUGGAGUUUGCCAAGGUGCUCAAAGUUGGCUUCAUGCACAAGUUCUUCCCUGCCUCUGCCCGUCGUGCCGCGGCCGUCAGCGCCGUCUCCUCCGCGUCGUCGUCUUCACCGUCCACGCGAUCCCCAUCACCGCCACCGCUGCCGACCACCGCCGCUGCUGCCGUGGGAGCGCUCUCGCCGCCGUCAGCGUCGUCAACAUCAGCAGCAGCAGCGGCGGCGGCAUCAAUGCGACCACGUGCAGCGCAGCACUGGCUCGAUCCCGCACGUGAUCGCUUUGGCGACGCGUUUGUCAACGACGUGCGGCAGGCGCUCAGCGUGUUUGUCGUGUUUAUCCCCGCGCCUCUCUUCUGGACGCUGUUUGACCAGCAAGGGUCGCGGUGGACGCUGCAAGCCGAGCAGAUGCGCAUGUUUGACAUGGGGCCGCUGGGGCGAUUCCGGCCCGACCAGAUGCAGGCGGCAAACGCCAUUCUCGUGCUGAUGCUCAUCCCCGUGUUUGAACGCUUUGUGUACCCGGCACUGAAGCGGCUGCGCAUUCCGCACAGUCCCCUCCAGCGCAUGAUCUCCGGCAUGGUCCUGUGCGGCGUGGCGUUUGUCGUCUCGGGCCUGCUGCAGGUGCGCAUUGACGCGGCAAAGCCUGACCUCUCAAUCCACCACGGGUUCAGCAACCUGCGCAUCGUCAACUUUGCCGGCACAGACGUGAGCGCAUUCAUCACGGGCGACCUCAGCGUCUCCACCACCACCGCCGCCACCAGCAACACGCGCAUUGCUCGCAGCGAUUAUCAUGUUGGACAUGUUUACGGCCGCAGUGAGCGCGGCGAUGUGCUGUUUGGUGGGAAGCGGAUGCUUGACAACGAGACGCUUGCAGACGGCACGGCGACGCGGUACACGCGCGUGCCGGCAACCGGCGCGGACGUGCGCGUCGUGGUGCCGGGCUUCCCCGCGUACACCAUCAUCAACCUCACGCUGUCGGAGGCUGCACGCCACUCUGUACACGUGUUCGUGGACAGCGGGAGCGGGGCGCUGGCACACGUGCUGACGGCAGACCACAGCGUCCGCAGCUGGGUGAACCCGAAUGACGAGGACGGUCGCGCCACAACAGCGGCAGAGGACAGCGCGCGCAUCAAGUUUGUCAACCUCACUCCGCUUGACAUUCAAAUUACGCGAGAGAAGAGCAGUGAAGGCAACAAGCAGCAACAGCAGCAGCAGCACGGACACCACGGGGAAGUGGUUGCAAAGGCGCUGGCAGCAAGAAACGCAACCACGUACUCUCAGGGGGUGUUUGACAGCGGGCGCUUAACCUUCCAAAUCAGGCAGGUGGGCGCGAACGGAACAGUGGUUGCCAACCUGACGUCAUCGCGGGUGACGGCCGAGGACGGAGCAGAUUACACGGUGGCCGUGCGGUGGAAUGGAACACACGCGUCCACAACGCGCGUGACGGACGUGCCGGGAAACUCCGUGUCCGUUCUGCUCCAGCUGCCGCAAUACGUUGUGAUGUCAUGCGGCGAGAUUCUGUUCUCCAUCACGGGUCUGGAGUUUGCGUUUUCGGAGGCGCCCGGGAGCAUGAAGGCUGUGGUGCAGGCGGCGUGGCAGCUGACUGUUGCCAUUGGCAGUCUCAUUGUCAUCAUCGUGGCAGAGUCGUCGUUCUUCUCGCGCCAGCGGGAUGAGUUCUUCUUCUUUGCCGGGGUGAUGGGCGUUGUCUGCCUCAUCUUCGUGUACAUUGCGCAAUCGUACCGGUACAGGAAUCCGCUCUAUCGCGACACCACGUCGACAAAGGGCAGCGCGCAGCAAGACACGACGCCCCUCAUUGACAGGGAGGACUCGGAGGACGCUGCGUCCACCUCAUUCGCAUAGUCCAGUUGUCGUCCGUUCCUCUGCCAGAGGCAGAGAGAGAGAGUGUGUGUGUGUGUGUGUGUUUGUAGUCGAAGAAAGGAGAGGCGUGUGUUGCAUGUGGUAUGUAUGUGGUAGAUGGACGUGGCGGGGGGGUUGAAGUGUUGUAACCUUUGCUGUCACGUUGGUUGAGUUGCCAUUAUUCGUUGUUGUUGUUGUUGUUGCCAUUAUUCGUGGUUCAUAUUUGCUGUUGCCAUUAGUUGUUGCGACUGCUUGCCUCGUCGUUGUCAGCGUUGUUAUCGCUGUUAGCGUAUCAGUUACCCAUCAUACACGCUUGCUCACGG